UAAGUUCUAAUUCUGCUUAAUACAAAUAUGAUUUAUUAGGAGCCAUCACUUCAGUAUGUCAAUCUUUGUCAGACGUUAGCCUUAGGACAUACAGGUGACCUGCAAAUCAUCUGACAGCAGCAAUAAAACCCAGCCUUGGUUUGAGGUUUUCCAAAGAAAGGCUUGGCUGUGAGAUAUUAAAGGAAAUGGAAAAUUGAUGACUAACUAAAUAGGAAAUCAUUGCGGAAGCGAGGACACUAUAAAACCCUCAGUAUCCAGCACACUUCCUCUCCACCGUACUGGUUGCAUCGGCGCUCUCCAGUCCUCCUGCCCCCCCCCUCUCUCUCUCUCUCACCAGCACUCCCCUUCUCUCUCCCUCAGCUGCUCUCCCUCCCCUCUCUUCUUGUGGAUGGUGUGGCUCUCGCUCUCGUCCUCUCUCUCCCUCGCAGUCUGGUGGAGCCGCACACAAGGAUUAGAGGGUUGCUGUGAGUGUCUGCUCAGAGAGAAGAAGCCAGAAGACAGAGAGAGAGAUAACAUAAGAAAUACUCCAGAAAAAAGGAUAGCCUGACUGUUGUGGAUCUGCUUUACCUUUCAUCUCCAGCUGAAGCCUUCACCUGGGGAGGGGGGGAACAGAUAGGGACUAUUAAGCCUGGACCUCCACACAGGGAGCCAUGUGAGCGGCACCCCUCCACCCACUUCACACCACAGAACAGUCCCCCCUACAGUCUGCUCUCUGAGCUGGGGAGCACCACCAGGAUUUUUUCCCCUUUUCCCUGGAAGCUCCACUUUCUGUUCUCGCUUGGAGGGACUCUCCAGGCUUCGGCGUACCCCAGAGGGAGACACUCAUCUCUGGGCACUGGUCGGGGGUGUGAGUGCCCCCUGGUCUGGAGGCCAGCCAGCAGUGCUCCAGCAUCAUGGAUUACCUGUUUGGGAUUGUAGUGCUGCUGUGUGGGGCGGUGCAGCCUGGAAGAGGUGGAGAGCCCAAGCACAACGUACCCAGGCUAAGGCUGUCAUACAAGGAGAUGUUAGAGUCCAGUAACCUCGUCACCUUCAAUGGCUUGGCCAACAGCUCGAGCUACGACGCUUUCCUAUUGGACGAGGAGCGAGGGAGACUACUGGUUGGAGCAGAGGACCACAUCUUCUCAUUCGACCUCGUUAACAUCAACAGAGACCACAAAAUGAUUGCGUGGCCUGCCACUCCCUCGAAGAGGGAUGAAUGCAAGUGGGCAGGAAAAGACCUUGGGGAGUGUUCUAACUUCAUCCGGGUCCUCCAGCCCUUCAACCAGACCCACCUGUACAUCUGCGGUACAGGAGCCUUCCACCCCAUCUGUUCUUUUCUGGAAAUGGGCAAGAGGGCUGAGGAUAACCUCUUUCGACUGUCCUCGCAUUUCGAGAAUGGCCGCGGGAAAAGCCCCUAUGACCCCAAAAUGCUGUCAGCCUCGCUUUUGAUCGAUGGAGAGCUGUACUCUGGCACAUCUGCAGAUUUCAUGGGAAGGGACUUCGCUAUUUUCCGUACUCUUGGAGAUCAACAUCCAAUCAGAACAGAGCAGCAUGAUUCAAGAUGGCUGAAUGACCCCAGGUUUGUAGGUGUUCACUUGAUCCCAGAGAGUGACAACCCUGAAGACGACAAGGUCUUCCUGUUUUUCAAAGAGAACGCCAUGGACGGAGAGCACACGGGCAAAGCUACCAUGGCCAGGAUAGGACAACUGUGUAAGAAUGACAUGGGGGGCCACAGGAGUCUUGUUAACAAGUGGACCACUUUCCUUAAAGCCCGGCUAAUGUGUUCAGUGCCGGGGGUCAACGGCAUCGAUACACACUUUGAUGAGCUACAGGACGUGUUUCUAAUGAGCUCCAAGGACCCGAAGAAUCCGGUUAUCUACGCCGUAUUCACCACAUCCAGUAACAUCUUUAAGGGCUCAGCAGUGUGCAUGUACAACAUGGCCGACAUCAGGAGGGUUUUCCUAGGAUCCUACGCACACAGAGAUGGACCCAACUACCAGUGGGUGCCUUUCCAAGGGAGGGUGCCUUACCCCCGCCCUGGCACUUGCCCCAGCAAGACAUUUGGAGGGUUCGACUCCACCAAGGACCUCCCUGAUGAUGUCAUCACCUUCGCCAGGGGACACCCGGCCAUGUACAACCCGGUGCACCCGAUAGGCGGGCGUCCCAUCAUGGUGCGGACAGACGUGGACUACCAGUUCUCCCAGCUGGUGGUGGACAGAGUGGAGGCCGAGGACGGACAGUACGACGUCAUGUUCAUCGGGACAGACAUGGGCACAGUGCUGAAGGUGGUGACAAUCCCCAGAGAGAGCUGGCACGACCUGGAAGAGGUGGUUCUGGAGGAGAUGACUGUCUUUAGGGAGCCGACUCCCAUUACUGCCAUGGAGCUGUCGACCAAGCAGCAACAGCUGUACCUCGGCUCUGGCCUGGGUGUAUCACAGAUGUCUUUACACCGUUGCGAGGUGUAUGGGAAAGCUUGUGCCGAGUGCUGCCUGGCCAGAGACCCUUACUGCGCCUGGGACGGCAGCGAGUGCUCCAGAUACUUUCCGACCGCCAAGAGGCGAACCAGACGACAGGACAUCAGAAACGGAGACCCUCUCUCGCAGUGCUCGGAUCUCCAGCAUCAUGAAGACACAGCCGGCUUAGGCGGCAUGGAGGACAGGAGUGUGUACGGUGUGGAGAACAGCAGCAUGUUCCUGGAGUGCAGCCCCAAGUCUCAGAGAGCGCUCAUCUACUGGCAGCUGCAGAAGCCCAACGACGAGCGCAAGCACGAGAUCAAGCUCGAUGACCGGGUUCUCCAUACAGACCAGGGUUUGCUCAUACGCAGCCUGACCCAGUCGGACUCAGGUAUCUACCACUGCCAGGCUGUGGAACACGGCUUCAUCCAGCCCCUGCUGCGCCUCAACCUCCAGGUCAUCCCCGCUCAGAAACUGGGUGACAUCCUGCCCGGGCUUUCCAGCGCGGGAGACGGGGGAGGUCACUCUCCCAAGCACAGGCUGUGGUAUCGAGAUUUCCUGUCUCUCUUGGACCACCCAGACCUCAACAGCGUGGAGGAGUUUUGUGAUCGAGUCUGGAAGAAAGAGCGCAAACAGAAGAGGGUGAAGACGCCAAACGGCAACACUAAGGGUAAAACCGACAGCACAGGCGCCUCUAACCCGGCGGCACGGCCUAAAGCUUUGGCGCCAAAUGCCCAGAAGCAGCAAGCCAGUCCCCCACAGAGGGGGCCAUGGCCUAAGGGUGAUGAUCCAACUGUCGACGUGCCAACACAAGGUCAGCCUACCCAGAAAACUCAACCAAAUCUGGGUACGUUGAUUGGCCAGGCACCAAAGAACAAUUCGAGGACGCAAAAUGGACAGAAGGGGACCCCGGCUUCGGGGGGGUCUCGGGCGGGCAGCCAUCAAACGGCCAAGUGGAGAAGGAUGCAGGAAAAUAAGAAGGGACGCAACAGGAGGACCCACGAGCUUCAAAGACCCCCACGUAGCGUCUGAGGGGAAAAAAGCACAGAGAUGCACACAUGCAACCAGAUCUACACACACAAGCACAAACCCAUGCAUCCACACAUAACACACACACACACACACAUUCUAUAGAUUGUGUGUCCAAUGUAUGAUUCAGUGACCUCGCCAUGACAGCAAAACCAAUAAGAAAACAGCAGCUCACACUCUUAGAAAAGUAGAAAUACAAGAGCUGCCAUCAUGUUACAACAACACACUCCAAUUUAAAGACACAAAUGAAAUGGACAAAGACUAACAGAGGACUGAAAACUGGAAUGCAUACUGUAAAUGUGUGAAGAUAUGGCUGGUUGCCUGGGAUACUGCCUGGCAGACACUUCAACCUCCUGUACAUAAGCUACUAAAAUAAGACUGGGACAAAAAUGUUUAGUGAGGUGUUUGUUCAUACGCAGAGGGACUUACUAUGCUGAGAGGACAGUUGUGGAGACAUUUAUAGAUACACAGACUUUUAUGGAAGCAGAAAUGAUCCACUGUCCUCACUGCCAGAGCAUGUGACCUGCAAGAUGAGUGUUCAUGGAAUGGAUUAAAAACUCUUAUUUUGGAAAACUGUUUGAGGAGAAAGAGCCUUCCAUCUUUGGAGUGAAGACAUGCAACAGCACCCUUAAAGGAGAAAAGGGAAAGGGUUGCACCAGUGGUCCCUUAUGUUGUUUAAAAACCAAUAGAAGCAUUAAUACAAGCAAAAACUGCAAAGUCAUGCUGCGGUGUAGAGAAAGUGCUUCAUCAUUUCUCCACCGAGGCUGGGAAAGCAUUGUGCAUGUUGUCGUCAAUCAAUGUUUUAAUAAGCUAGUUAUUUUAUGGAAUUCUAGAGGCUUUUUUUUUUUUUUACACCCUCCCUAAAAAGUUUUUCUUUUAUAUUGUCUUUCCUUUCCAGACCAGUGAUUCUAUUUUGGGGGCAAACAGUUACAAGCAACAUAGUAGUCUCAUUGUGCAUUAUCCCUACUGCUCUCCAGGAUUCGGUGUAAGUUAUGAUGUUGUUGCUUUUUCUGGGAUUUAAAGAAUCUGGGCACGGAUUCCAGUUGUAGGCUAUGCUAAAAACCCAGUCUGAAAUAGACUGCCAGUUGUUUUGUGUACAUAUAUACAACAAACUUAACUCUGUGUAUAUACAGUACAUAUACAGUACAAGAACACCACUUGAUUAUUAUUUAUUGCUCAUUGUUUUGUGAAAGGGGUUGCAUUUAUUUUUGAUAUUAUGGUAUUUUUGGCUCAUCAAUAUAUUGGGAGAAACAAUGGCAGAGGGAACUAAGGAAGCUUUGAUGGACCAACUGGCUGAAAUUGUGUCAAGGAAUCCCUUUUUGGGGAUAAAAGGGUUGAUAUGAGUACAGGGGUUUGUGUCAUUACUACAUAUUUGACAGAGAUCCGACCAAUGAUAAGCACAAUUUUGUCUCUUUUGACUUUCAUAGCAGAUUAUUUCAUUUUAUUUUAUUUUAUCCUAAAUCCAUUCAACAUGUCUUUGUUCAUCCGGUAUCCAUUAUGUGUAAGAUAAUUCCCCAAACUGAAAAACUUUAGCUGUGAAUCUCUGUAAGAAAUAGUGGAGAAAAAUGUUAAACCUAGUCUGAAGGAGAAGACACGUUAUACUGCAUGUGAAUGCUACCUACAGUAAGUGCAUCUUUUUUAUCGUCUCUUUACGUGUUUUGUGUGAGAGGUAAAGUUCCCUUAAAGCAAGGUGUGAAUUACUUUUGUCCUUUUGCCAAAACAGUGAUAAAACAACCUACAAUACUCUGGCCAAAGCUGGUGAAGAUCCAAACUCCUUUAACUAGAACUCAACUAUGGUACCUCCUGUCUCCCCUGUCCCCUAUGACAGGAGUAAUGUGUCAAUGCAAUAAAUUAGUCAAGAUAGUGUCCUCUACUAAAAGUCCAAAGUUGGUUGUGUCCCUGAUUCAGGUCCCUCCCUCAGAGUUAGAAAAGUGAGAGAGCUGAAGUUACCGCUGCUGUAACAAAGGUUCUUUCUGGCAUGCAUUCAGUUGUCUAAAUAAACAUCUCCGUUACAAAAGAAAA